AUGGCUCUUCACCACCCCGAGACAGGCCCGGGGUACGGAGAGCCUGGUCCCGUCCCCUCCCGAACUUGGGGCCGGCCUGGUAGUCCCGCGCCGGGGUGGCGGGGUGCCGCAGAAUGGGGGUUUAACCCCGGCAGCCCCCCAGGGGCUGAGCCCUGUGCAGAGGAGGGGCUGGGCGCAGACUUCCCCCUUCUAUGUCCUGCAGCCGCCGCUCACCCCGCGUCCCCCCCGGCCUCUGCUGACGGCCCCAACGAUGGCGAGAAGCCCGCAGGGGGCAAGAGCAAAGCCGAGCUGCGAGCGGAGCGCCGCGCCAAGCAGGAGGCCGAGCGGGCCCAGAAGCAGGCCAAGAAGGCAGAGCUGGGUCAGGCAGCUGCAGCAGCCAAGCCCAGGCUGACCCCCACCGAGCCUCAGUCUGUGGUGAAGCGGCUGCCGGAGCACGUGCAGGUGGACGAUCCCGCUGCCCAGAGGAAACUGGCCAAGAAGCUGGAGCGGCAGCAGGUACCUCUGAGGCAGGACUACGGCACCAAGGUCAACUUGUUCUCCCACUUGCACCAGUACAGCCGGAAGAAGCCGCUGACACAGCAGAUGAGCAUCCCCUCCACAGUCAUUCACCCGGCCGUGGUGCGCCUUGGCCUCCAGUACUCCCAGGGCAUCAUCAAUGGCUCCAACGCCCGCUGCAUCGCCUUGCUGGAAGUCUUCAAACAGCUGAUCCGGGAUUACUCCACUCCCCCCAAUGAGGAGCUGUCGCGGGACCUGGUGGCCAAGCUGAAGCCGCACAUCAGCUUCCUGAACCAGUGCCGGCCCCUUUCAGCCAGCAUGGGCAACGCCAUCAAGUUCCUCAAGAAGGAGAUUUCCUGCCUCCCCGACACGCUGAGAGAGGAGGAGGCAAAGGAGAAGCUGCAGGACACAAUCGACAAGUAUCUGCGGGAGAAGAUUCUUUUGGCAGCUGAAGCCAUUUCCAGGUCGGCCUUUGAGAAGAUCAACGACAAUGACGUGAUCCUGGUGUACGGAUGGUAAGAGGAGAGCCGGGGCAGGCAGGGAAGGAAACGGUUGAGUGAACGGGGGAAGAUCUGGCAAAGGGUUUUGAGGGGUGGGAAGGUCGGUGCUCCCUGAGGGGGCAGGAGAGGCUGUGGCGCUGGGUCCAGCAACCAGAAAUUAUCCAGGGGUGCUGGUCUGACCUUGGCUGCAGUGGGGAGCUGGUGUGUCGGUGCAGGACUGCGGUGGGGGUGUGAGGUGUCAGGACGGAGCGGAGCCUGGCCCUGGGGCCCACGCUUGCUCUCUGGCAAGGGCACUGCUCAGACUCAUGACAAGAACGAACGGGAGGGGCUGACCAAGUAGCCCUACAGCCUGCCCUGAUGAACAUAGUGGUGUUAGUGCCUUGGACUCGGUUUUAUGAAUGCCCGAGUUGGCGCUGCCCACCCUUUCCACUCAGUGGCCCCAGACCCGCCGGCAGCGCCCUGCCUGGGCUGGGAGGUGCCUGACAGAGGCCUGAAGCAAGGCCAGCGCCCAAGGCUUAUCCCUGAGACUUUGCUGUUCCCGGUCAGGGCACUGUCCUCUGCACCUGCCCAGAGUUACGUGUUUGAUAAACCCAGAUUCACCGCAGCUGCGAUACAGGGCA